AUGAUCAUAUAUUCUUAUAUUCUGAUUCAAAUCCGCCCCAGGUUCAACCAGUCCGUCCAGUCCGCCCGCUUCGACCCCCUCUGCAGCCUCUGGCGUCUCCGAACCCUUGACCUCUCCUCCCCUGACUCCAAAAGCACCGUCGAGUACAUCUCCCGCUGGCUUAUCGUCGCCUCCGGCGAGAACGCCGAGCCCCUGCUCCCUGACAUCCCCGGGCUGGAGCAGUUCGCCGGCCCCGUUCUUCAUACCAGCGAGUACAAGUCGGGCGAGGACUUUCGUGGGCAGAGGGUCCUCGUCGUGGGCUGCGGCAAUUCCGGCAUGGAGGUCAGCUUGGACCUCUGCAACCAAGCCGCUGUCCCUUAUAUGGUCGUCAGGAAUUCUGUGCAUGUUUUGCCACGAGAAAUACUGGGGUUCUCAACGUUUGGUAUAUCGAUGGCGCUUCUCAAAUGGCUGCCGCUGAGAGUUGUUGAUAAGUUCCUGCUAUUAUGCGCUCUUGCUACAUUUGGGAGCACCAAGAAGCAUGGGAUUCCCAGACCCAAGAUUGGUCCGCUUGAGCUCAAGAAUGUCGCCGGGAAAACCCCAGUUUUGGAUGUUGGUGCACUUGCUAAGAUCAGAGAAGGGAAAAUUAAGGUGAUGCCUGGAGUGAAGGAGGUCACGUGCCAUGGGGCUAAAUUUGUGGACGGGCAGGAGGAGGAGUUUGAUUCAGUAGUCUUGGCUACAGGGUACAAGAGCAACGUACCCUCCUGGCUCAAGGGCACAGAUCAUUUCUCAGAAGAUGGGAUGCCAAAAAUGCCAUUCCCCAAUGGUUGGAAGGGAGAGCAUGGCCUCUACAGCGUGGGGUUCACACGGCGUGGGAUUUUGGGUGCGUGUGCGGAUGCCUCAAGCAUAGCACGCGACAUAGCCCUUCAAUGGAGGACUCCUGCAACCGAGCCCACCCGCUUCAUUGUCUCCAAAGGAUCACCAUCACCACCACCACACAGUAGAAACUAAACCAAUCCCUCCCCUUCUCCCCUCUCUCUGUCACAAACAGAUGCUGUGUGUUGUUUUCCUUUUCUCAAGCUCCUUUUGGAGCGUUUCCGACAAGAAAAGCUUCGCCGCUAAUGUGAAGAUCUUGUGCUCACUGUAGAUAAUAGUCAAUUUUGCAUGGGAUCUUUUGCCUUGUUUCUGUAAU